UACCGAUGGGAAGAUGGUGGAAUCUGGAGCAGCAACGUGCACGAUACUCCGUCCCAAACAUUUCCAAAAACAUUUACCAUCACAACCUGGCAUUAGAUAUCGGUUACCUGGGGACAACCAUAGAUAAUAAAUACUAAAACUAAGGCUGAAUUCUAAGUAUUUUGAUUUCGGUGCGAGGCGCACCUUUCAUUGGUGGUGCCUAAAGCGUGGGGCCAAACUGCACAGAUCACAGUAUUUUGAUACUCUGGGAAGGACUUCUCGGCUGGACUUCUUCUUGCUGAUAAACUGUUGACUGUCUUCAGCUUCUUGUUCUGUACAAUCUGUUUCUUUUGGGCUUCGGUGUUUUGGAGCGGCUGUCAGAAUGCCACGAAGCAAAAAGGGGAAACGCGGUGGGAACAGUUCGAGUAAGGGCUCACUUCGACAGGAAGUGCUUCAGCUGCAGUUGUCAAAGACUGCCCUGUCACGUGCAGGGAGAAAUGGGGUGAGAGGCGAGUCUGGUGUGAGUGAUGAUGAUUUGGCAUCGGAGGUUCUCAGUCACUGCAGCAGUGCCAGUGAGAGUGCAUCAGUCAUAGAGGAGGGCACAGGGGAGGUGGUAGAUGAACAAACUGCUCAGGAAGAAACAGAAGACAAACUGAAGCAAUGCAUUGACAAUCUGAUGGACAAAAGUGCUAAGACCCGUCUGGCUGCACUAGAAAGUCUGCGCUUAGUGUUUUCUUCCAGAGUCCUGUAUGAGUUUUUGUUAGAGAGACGUUUCACCAUCAGUGACUGUCUGGAAAGGAGCUUGAAGAAAGGUGGAGGAGAGGAGCAGGCUGCUGCUGCUACAGUGUGCGCUCUCUUGUGUGUGCAGCUCGGGGGUGGAGUUGAAGGUGAGGAGGGCUUUAAGAUACUCCGCCCCGUCCUCAGUUCCAUUUUGAUUGACAGCUGUGCCAGCCUGUCAGCUCGACAGAGUUGCGCUCGAGCUCUGGGUAUGUGCUGCUACGUGUCUGCCUCAGAUGACGCAGAGGACCUGCUAAAAUCUAUUGGUCAUUUGGAGAGUGUGUUUGUGGGUGCAUAUCCCCUGGGUGAUGGCACUCUGCCGUCUGUCAAAGCCGGGAUCCCUGCGCUCCAUAGCGCCGCCCUUCAGUCUUGGGCUCUGCUUUGCACCCUUUGCCCUGCAUCACGUAUCAACACCAUUCUGAACCACCACUUGCCACGUCUACAUGCCUGUUUAGAAAGCAGUGAGGUGAACUUCAGGAUUGCUGUGGGAGAGACCAUCGCCCUGCUGUAUGAACUGGGACGGGACAUUGAUCAGGAGUUUGAGUAUGAGGACUGCGAGGCAUUGUGUGACAGUCUAAAGAACCUGGCCACUGAUGGAAACAAACAUCGUGCUAAAAAUGACCGCAGGAAACAGCGCUCAGUCUUCAGAGAGGUGCUGCACUACAUUGAGAAUGAAGAUUUCACAGAGGAGAAGAUUCAGUUUGGGAUUGAGGCCAUCUACAUUGAUGGCUGGAUGCGCCGCAGGAUUUAUGAUGCCUUUAAGGAAGUGCUCGAGUCUGGAGUCAGACACCACUUACAGUUUAAUCCUUUGUUGAGGGAUAUUUUUGGACUUGGACCUCCUCUCAUCCUGGAUGCGUCUGUCAAAGCCAGCAGGAUCUCCCGCACAGAGAGGCAUCUGUUUAACUCUGCUGCAUUCAAAGCCCGGACUAAAUUAAGGAACAAAGUGAGGGACAAACGUGCCGAUGUGAUGUGAGGAUGAAGGCGACAGAGAGAAACACUACAUCCUUAAAAUCCCCACGGCUCACUUGAAAUUAUAGUUUGACAUACUGCCAAGCCAGUGACUUGACAAUGGACAUGCGUGACUGUCUGUCUGAGUGAGUGUGAGUGUGAAAGGCUGGGUGUGUGCACACGUGUGUAUGCGGUGUUGUGUUUUUAUUUAACAUCACAUUGUGAAAGCUAGGAAUCCUACAAUUAAACCAACAUGAAAUAUAACAACCUCUUGUAAGGCUGAAUUCAGCUUUUCUGUUGAAACCUGUUUUACCUCCUCAAGUGUUUUUUGGAAAAAGAGAAUUUUUAUUAUUGAAACAUCAACUUUUUACAGAUCUGUGACAAACAAAGAGGCCAAGAAAAAUUAAUUCUUUGUAGUUUUUCUAUAUGCAUUUUAUAAGUGGACUAUGCUGAUGCACCUAUGAUCUGCUGAUGCAAACAAAUGAAAAUACAUCUUUGACUGCAGGUUGCCAGAGUUAGUUAUUAGUUAUUAAUUCUACUGAUCUUCUGAAAAGGUUAUUUUUAUUUUUUUGGCUCAGUGUGAUGCAGUCAACUAUGGUUCUUACAUCAUUGUACCUUCACCCCUGAAAGCUCGUGUCUGCCCUUUUAGAUCAUGCUUUCAACAUUACUUUUGAAUUUAUUUUGAAAUAUGAAAAACCAUGUCAUAAGUUUUCUUUGAAGCAAAUGUACUGUAUGCAACAGCAGGAUUUUGGAAGACAAAACACAAAAUAAAUUAUGUAAUUAUCCUUCACAGA